CGCAGGCUCAGCGUUAUUUCGUCUCCUGGAGCCCUCAAUACAAAUCGAUGACUUUGUAGCUACGAGCAUUGAUCCUAGAUCCAAUAUUUUCUUGGUGAUAAUCUAAAUUAAAGUAUGGGUUAGAGCGACAGUGAAGGAACGUCUUGCGCCUCUACCAGUAAAACGCGUAGAUUAUUUUCUUUUAAUCUGAGGCACAAUCUUCCAAAAUGCCACAGAGAACGGACAGCGCAUCCUCUAUUGGAUCCAACGCAAGCUCCCGUCGAAGCUCGGAAUCCGAUGAUGAACGUCCCGAUUCCGCAGGUUCCGACCAGUCGCGUGCAGAAUCGGCGGAUUCGAAUGCAAGUGACGAAGAGGCCGAAAACGACCCAUGCUUCACUAAAAUAGGAGGUGUCGCCGUCUACUUUGAAGAACCAUUUGACAAGAAAUAUGAGUGCGUUGCCUGCAACCAGAUUCUACGAUUUCCGGUACAGUUUGAGGAAUGUGGACAUAGAUGCUGCUCGUCCUGUUUACCAGAACUUCUAAGAAUUUCUCCAAAAUGUCCACUUGAUGAGAAAUCAGUGUCACGUGACAAAGUGUACGUGGAUACGUCAUUUGGACGGGAGAUCGGUGAUCUACCGAUUAAGUGCUACUUCCACAAGAAGGGCUGUGAUUGGAAAGGUGUACUAGAUGAAUGCAAGGACCACAGCACAGUAUGCAAAUACAUCGAAGUGGAAUGUCCGAACACGUGCGGAGCCAAGUUCGAGAAAAGGUUCUUGGAUUCGCACCUCUCCGACGAGUGCAACAAGCGAAUGAUCACGUGUGAGUUCUGCCAGAAGACAGUCUUCUACAAAGAUGAAAUCACUCAUUUAAAUUCCUGCCUGAAGUUCCCCGUUCCCUGUCCGAACGGAUGCGACCUGACUGACAUACCACGCGAAAAACUGAAGAAUCACACGGACACAGACUGUCCAAAGGAGAAGAUAGAAUGUCCAUUCUCAUCGAUGGGAUGCGACUUCAAGACUGAGCGACAGAAGAUGCAACGUCACGUCCAGGACGACUCCAUGACGUCAAAACAUGUGACCAUGGUUGGAGCGACGAUCGUUAAGCACCAGGCCACGCUGGACAAGCAAGUCGAACUGAUGGACAUUCACAAAGAGACCCUAGGCCAGUGCAUGCAGAAAGUACGCGAUCUGGAGAAGCUCUACGGAUCUCAGUUGGUUUGGAAGGUGGACCGUUACGCAGAGAGGAUGCAGGAUGCAAAGACAGGCAAGAAGAUCACGAUCUUCAGCCCACCAUUCCUGACCAGUCGCCAUGGUUACAAGAUGGCCGUUUCACUGUGUCUGAAUGGAGAUGGAAAAGCUAAGGGUCAUUUCAUGUCAGUGUUCAUUUGCAUCUGCCGUGGGGAAUAUGAUGCCCUUGUGCCGUAUCCCUUCACACAUAGGGUCACAUUUAGCCUCAUCGACCAAUGUCAAGAUCCGAAAGCCAGACGUAACAUUUCGUACAGCAUCAAACCCAAUCCGUGCAAGGAGAACAAGCCGUUUUUGGGAAGACCGCAGGGUGAGCGAAACGCCAGCUUUGGAACGCAGAAGUUUGUACCUUUGCACACUCUUAAGACACUUGACUACAUCCGUGACGACACAAUGUUUAUCAAGGUUCACGUAGAUCACGACGACAAUAUGUGUAUUUAAGAUCAUAAACACGUCGAACCAUGAUUUUUUCUUAAAGGCCUUUCAUACAUCAGAUUUCUGUUUUUAGGGUCAUUGGCAUUUUGUUUAUACAGGUACUUCUCGAUGUUAUUUUAACAGAACUGUGAGACAACAUGCUCGUAACCAUUCACAACGUGUCUCCAUAUGUGAGAAGGUAGAUGGGAGCUGUAUAAAGGACGCUUUGGCACCCUGGUGAGGUCAAAGAGAAGAGCUCCUAUAGGGUUUGGGGGUAUAUCCGUCCGGAGCUAAUGUGUUCUGGCAUUUAAGAAUGCCUAGUGAAUUUCAUCAUCUUGAUGGUUUUGAAUAAAAAGAGGGUUCGUCCGAACAAUAGCACCUUUUCCCCUUACCGGUUAGGCCCGGACAUACAUCAUCCGAUCCGAAUAAUCGGUGAAUAAAGUACUUUUAAUAACGUAA